AUGGCCGCACCAGAGAGCACGUCGAGGCUGUUCCGGGCCAUCAUUGCUGGCGGCAGCAUCGUCGGUCUGACCAUGGCGCUGGCUCUGGACCGGGCUGAUAUUGACUAUGUGCUGCUGGAGACGGGUGAGGUGGCGCCGGAUCUGGGGGCCUCGGUCUCGAUGCAUGCGCACACGCAGCGCGUCAUGGAGCAGCUGGCCGUCUGGCCCGAGAUCGACGCCGCCGUCGUCCCGGUGACGGACCGGGAGCACUAUGACGAGCACGGCUGGUUGUUUGAGAAGUCGGCCAUCCUGCAGGAGAUCUCCAAGAUGUGCCUCGGCCGACAGACGUCCUUCAUGGCGCGCCGCUUCUGGCUGCAAUGUCUGUACAAUCAGAUUCGCGACAAGAACAAGGUGCGGGCCCACACCGGCCUGGUGUCCUUUGUCGAGACGGCCGACGACGUGACGGUGACGACGACCGGUGGCGAGAUCAUCACGGGCGAUGUGCUGAUCGGUGCCGACGGCAUCCACAGCACCGUGCGGCAACAGCUAGCCGACGAGGCCGCCGCCGCCGGCAAAGAGGCUGCAGCGACUGCGAUGCGUUCUGGCUUUGUCAGCAAGUACCAGUGCAUCUUUGCGACAGCGAAAAACGACGAGCCUCAGCAGUUCCUCCUCCCCGGCAUGGUCCACAACGUCUACUACCGCGGCUUCUCGGGCGUCAUCUCGGCCGGCGUCCCUGGCUUCGCCUUCUGGUUUCUCUUCGUCAAGAGCGAUCAGGCCAGCCGGACGCCCGACACGCCGCGCUUCAGUGAUGCCGACGUCGAAGCCGUCAUCGACCGCUACGGCCACCACGCCGUCGGGCCUGGCUACACCUUCCGCGACCUCUGGCAGGCUACCACCAAGGCCGCCAUGCUGCCGCUCGAGGAGGGUGUGCUCGCCACCGCCUGGCGCUCGCCCGGCGGCCGCGUCGUCCUCGCCGGCGAUGCCGUCCACAAGGCCACCAUCAACCCUGGACUCGGUGCCAAUCUUGGCGUCGAGGGCGUCGUCCACCUCGCCAACUUGCUCGUGCCGCUCGUCCGUCGUGUCGCUGUCGAGCCGGACGACCGCAACUGCCACACCCGACCGACCCGGCUGCAGCUCGCCGACGUCUUUUCUGCGUACGAAAAGCUGCAACGGCCACACGCCGACCUUGUCGUCUCCAUGUCCAGCUACCUGACCCGAUUCGAGGCCAUGGAGACCUGGUGGCUGCGCCUUCUUCGCCGCCUGUCGCCGUGGAUCAGCGAUCGGACAAAGGCCAGCAAGUUCGCCGGCUAUGUUCGCGAGGGACCCUGGCUCAGCUACCUGCCCAACCCAGACGACGAGCGCAGGUAG